AUGGAUAUAGCAUCCGGUAAUGGGACCCCACGAGGCGUCAAACGGAAGGCCGAAGGCGAUGUUUCUGCGGACAGCUCCGUCCCACGCCGAAUCCAGGCAUUGGACCCGAAUGUGGUCAACAAAAUCGCUGCUGGCGAGAUCAUUAUUGCGCCUGUCCACGCCCUGAAGGAGCUAGUCGAGAAUGCCGUCGAUGCUGGAUCGACGAUGCUCGAGGUGCUUGUCAAAGACGGCGGCCUGAAACUGCUCCAGAUCACUGACAAUGGCUGUGGCAUUGAUAAACAAGAUCUACCUAUUUUGUGUGAGCGCUUCACGACGUCCAAGCUGCAAAAGUUUGAGGACCUCGAGUCCAUCGCCACGUACGGUUUCCGAGGCGAGGCCCUGGCGAGCAUCAGUCACAUUGCGCACCUGACAGUCACGACGCGAACCAAGGACUCGGAGUCGGCAUGGAGGGCCUACUAUGAAGCUGGAAAACUGGCAUCCCCCAAACCGGGCCAGGGGACGGAGCCGAAGCGUGUUGCGGGCCGCCAGGGCACCCAGAUCACUGUUGAGGACCUAUUCUACAAUGUUCCCACACGCCGCCGCGCGUUCCGGUCAACCUCGGACGAGUACAACAAAAUUGUCGACAUGCUCGGCCGGUACGCUGUCCAUUGUAGCCAUGUGGCGUUUGCGUGCAAGAAGCACGGCGAGUCGUCUGCGAGCAUCUCCGUGCAGGCGGCGGCGAGCACCGUGGACCGUAUCCGGCACGUGUACGGGGGUGCCGUGGCCAGCGAACUGCUCCCAUUCGAGACAGACGACAGCCGGUGGGGUUUCAAGGCACGCGGCUGGGCUACCAACGCCAACUUUAGCAUGAAGCGCACGACUCUGCUUCUUUUCAUCAACGGCCGCAGCGUCGACUCCACUAAUAUCCGCAAGGCACUCGACGAAACCUACUCGGCGUACCUUCCUAAGAACAGCCACCCCUUUGUGUAUCUGAGUCUCGAAAUCGAUCCCCAGCGCGUCGACGUCAACGUCCACCCGACGAAGCGGGAGGUCAACUUUCUCAAUGAGGACGAGAUUAGCCGAGCGAUUUGCGAGCACAUUAGCUCGAAGCUUGCCGAAGUCGACACCAGCCGCACUUUCUCGACACAGACGCUGCUUCCGACGGCUGGCUCCCGUAGCAUCAAUAACGGCGAUGCAAGGAGCGUGGCACCAACGCCGAAGUCCGGCACGUCACAAGCGGCUGCACCGAAGAAGACACCUGCACGCUUGUAUGAGAACAACCUUGUGCGGACGGACACCAACAUGCGGAAAAUCACAAGCAUGUUUGGACCUUCUGGACCGACAGUAGUGCACAUGUCGCCGUCCACUCCUGGAUCCUCUGUACGGAGCGGUGCAGAGGGUGCCGAUGGAGACGGUUUACCACCCGGUGUCGCACAAUACGAGGUGGUGGACCGCGAGGCAACUGUCAACUGGCUGAAGAGUGUGCGGGAGCUCAAGGAGGCCGUUGUGGAAAACUCGCACAGCGAGCUCACCGAGAUCUUCAAGAGCUACAGUUUUGUGGGCAUUGUUGACGAGCGCCGGCGGUUGGCUGCGAUCCAGAGCGGCGUCAAGCUGUACCUGGUGGACUAUGGUCGGGCAUGCUUUGAGCUCUUUUACCAAAUUGGGCUCAACGACUUUGGCAAUUUCGGUGUCAUCCGGUUCAGCCCGCCUCUCGAUCUGCGGCAGCUGUUGCGAUUGGCUUUCCAGCACGAGCAUGGCAAGUACGGUGACGGCGGCGACGAUGACGACGAUGGUGACGACCCAGACCCAGACCACCCAGACGCGGAUGAGGCUGUCGAGGCCGUUGCCACACAGCUGAUUGAGCGCCGUCAGAUGCUGCAAGAGUACUUUUCGCUGGAAGUGACGCCAACGGGCGAGCUGCUGAGCAUCCCGCUGCUAAUCAAAGGUUACACGCCACCGCUGGCGAAGCUGCCGCAGUUCCUGUUGCGGCUGGGCCCACGGGUGCGCUGGAACGACGAAAAGGGGUGCUUUGAUACGCUGCUAAAGGAGCUUGCCAGUUUCUACGUGCCUGAGAAGCUGCCAAUCAUCAACAAAGAGCGCCAGCGACACCAACAGCAGCAGGCUCUGAAAAAAGGCAAAGGGAAAGAGGAAACCCAGCAUAGCGAGGACGGCGACGAUGACGAUAACGACAACGGCAUCGACGAUGAUACGCGAGCGCGGCGCUUGCAUGUUCAGCAUGCUGUAGAGCACGUCUUUUUCCCAGCGUUCAAGACACGGUUGAUCUGCACGACGACGCUGAUGCAGGCUGGCCUGAUCGAGGUCGCGAACCUGAAGGGCCUUUAUCGUGUAUUUGAGCGGUGUUGA